UUUAACUUUCCGUCAUCCUUUUCGGUUCUCUCGAUCUGACCUGAACACGUUGCAACGUCAGAAUUGAUCUUCAUUAUGCUGGGCACUCUUGUCGGAUCCGCCAUGCUUUUGGUCGCGACCGCGAUCUUCCUCUACUAUACCACCUGGACUCUGUUGAUGCCCUUCGUUGAUCCCGGUCACCCUCUCCACGACCUUUUCCCUCCGCGCGUGUGGGCUAUUCGCAUCCCCGUCUUCCUCACUCUCCUGGGUUCCGCGGUGGUCGGCACCUUCAUAGGCAUUGUGAUGAUCAACAGCAACAAGAAGAAGGCUGCCAAGGCGCAGGCAGCUGCCGCCAAGAAGAAGACUUGAGACUUCAUGUCGUGGGACUGGAGACUACGUGGCAGGAAUUGCGAUUCAAUUGUACUGUACUUUUAUUCCUUGUAAUGUUGGCAUUACAAUUUCGACGUGACCUUUCAACUUCGAACCCGCACCCAAUAGCAG